AUGUCUGAGGAAUUGCUAGCUCGCCUCUCCGCUUUGGAGGCUGAAAACGCUAAUCUGCGCGCCUCGCAAGUGCAGCCUAAUGCUACGUCCAUAUGCAGGGUUGCUAUAAAACUGCCACCAUUUUGGCCUGAUAGGGCAAACGUUUGGUUUGCUCAAGCAGAGGCACAGUUUUUGCUUGCAGGGAUUACCACGGAUGAGACCAAAUACAGUCACAUUCUCAGCAAAAUUGAUCAUCAAAUUGCUGGGGAAAUCGAGGACAUAGUGGCCAAUCCCCCGGCUCAGGACAAAUAUAAAAACUUAAAAAACACACUUGUCAAACGGUUUUCUUCAUCUGAAGAACAAAGGUUGAGGAAACUUCUCAGUGAGGAGGAACUUGGUGAUAGGAAACCAUCACAAUUCCUCCGUCACCUGAAAUCUCUUGCAGGGCCCACAUUUACCGACGACAACAUCCUUCGUCAGUUAUGGCUACGACGCUUACCUCAGCAUGUUCAAGGCAUCCUCGCCGCCCAGGCCGAUCUCGGUUUGGAGAGGAUCGCCGACAUAGCUGACAAGAUUGUUGAGGCGCAACCAGCUACUGCAAAUGUUUGCGCCACUGCCGCCGCGCCUUCUCUGACCACCUUGAUGGAGCAGAUUGAGGAGCUAAGAAAGCAAGUUGCUGCUCUAUCCUCCACCCGCACUGGUCGCUUUAGGUCUCGGGAUCGCUCCUCAUCUAGAAGAAGGCAAUCUUCCCGCAAUACCACUUACAAUGCCCGCUCGAGUUGUUGGUAUCACAAGAAGUAUGGUACAAAGGCCAACAAGUGUGUUACUCCUUGCAACUGGGAGUCGGAAAACCCUCCGAGCAAUCAGUAG